UUUACGUAGUCACGCUGAGACUUCUGGGAAACAGAGUUCUCAUUCUUAGUAUUUCCAGCCCCUCAUUCCCGUCUCCUGGUACAGUUAACAAGAUGCCUGCCGUACAUCAUAAACUGCUCCUUGAGGACGCCUUGCAGGACAGUCCUCAGACCCGCUCCUUGCUGAGUGUGUUUGAGGAGGAUGCAGGGAAUCUGACGGAGUAUACCAACCAGCUGCUGCAGGCCAUGCAGAGGGUGUUUGGAGCUCAGAGUGAAAUGGGACUGGCCACAGAGCAGCUUUCACAGCAGCUUCUCGACUACGAAAAGAAAAAUUUUGCCCUCGGGAAAGGUGACGAAGAGGUCAUAACUACACUACAGAGCUUCGCAAAAACCGUUGGAGAGCUAAACUCGCUCCACUCCGAGCUGGCCAACCAGAUGGCUGACAGCAUGGUGUUCCCCCUGAUCCAGUUCAGAGAGAAAGACCUCACAGAGAUAAGCACUCUGAAGGAAAUAUUCGGUAUCGCCACUGAUGAGCAUGAGGCGGCUAUGGUCAAGUACAGCCGACUGCCCAAGAAGAAGGAGAACGAAAAGCUGAAGGCAGACAUGGUGAAGGAGGUGGCCUACACCAGGAGGAAGCAGCACCAGGCCUCGCUGCAGUACUACUGCGCCCUCAACGCCCUGCAGUACCGCAAGAGAGUCGCAAUGCUCGAGCCCAUGCUGGGCUACACCCAGGCGCAGAUCAGCUUUUUCAAGAAGGGCCUUGAGCUUGUGUCAAAGAAGAUGGAAAGCUUUCUCUCCUCAGUGUCCAACAUGGCCCAAAAUAUCCAGAAGCAGCUGGACGCCGAGGCCGAGACCAUGCGCAUGGCGCAGAAGGAGCUUCUGUCUGUGGAAGACACCGUGUAUAUGCCGGAUAAGGAAACUGAAACCGUCAAUCGCACUCUUAUCCAGAAGGCUGGCUACCUCAACAUUAGGAAUAAAACAGGCCUGGUGACCACAGCCUGGGAUCGACUCUUCUUCUUCACCCAGGGAGGAAACCUCAUGUGCCAGCCUCGAGGGGCCGUGGCGGGGGGCAUGGUGCUGGACCUGGACAACAGCUCCGUCAUGGCGGUGGAGUGCGAGGACAGACGUUACUGCUUUCAGAUAACCUCCCCCUCAGGAAAGACGUCGAUGAUUCUACAAGCUGAGAGCAAAAAGGAGUACGAGGAGUGGAUUUGCACUGUGAACAACAUCUCCAGGCAGAUCUACCUGACUGAUAACCCAGAGGCCGUCGCUAUCAGAUUGAACCAAACCGCCAUACAGGCAGUCACUCCAAUCACCAGCUUUGAGAAGAGACAAGAAGGUGCACCCAACCCCGACAGAGCCAAGCCGGGAGGUGCUCAACCCGCAGGAAGCGAUUCCCAGAAAUCAGGGGCCGCUCCAGAACCAGAGGACCUGAUCGCUCCUGGGACGCCCAUUCAGUUCGACAUCAUGCUGCCGGCGUCCGAGUUCCAGGACCAGAACAGAGCCGGGGGGAGGCGGACGAAUCCUUUUGGGGAAACGGAAGAGUGUACAGCAGAGAGUGACGACUCCCUCCUGCAGCAGGUGUUCGCCGUGCGCUUCCUGGGCUCCAUGGCCGUUCGGUGCGGAAACAACCAGGAGGUGAUCUACGAGGCCAUGAGGCAGGUGCUGGCGGCCCGCGCCAUCCACAACAUCUUCAGGACCACCGAGGCCCACCUCAUGGUCACCAGCAGCAGCCUCAGGUUGAUUGACCCACAAACUCAAGUAACAAGAAUAAGCUUCCAGCUAGAAGAGGUGUGCCAGUUCGCAGCCCAUCAGGAGAACGGGAGGCUGAUGGGGUUUGUGGUCGAGGGGAGAGACUGGAGCGACGGGAACGAGGAGGGAGAGCCGUCGUUCAGCGCCUUUGUCUUUGAGAGCAACACGGAGGGCGAAAAGAUAUGUUACACCAUAAACUUGGCAAAGGAGAUUACAGAAGCAAAGAAGGAUCCAGAAGCUCUGGCCGAGCUGAUGAAGAACAUGCCUCUGACCAACGACGGCAAGUUUCUUCUUCUGGAACCCGAGACGGGCGACUCGACCAGCGGAGAGAACCAAGAAGACCUGGAGUCUGAGGCCUAGUCGUCGUCAGAACAUUCCUUUCUCUCCAGGAAAAAAACAAAAACAAAAAC